AUGCGUAACAUAGCAAACUCUACGCUGAGCGGAACACGUACAGCUCCGUUAUUACAACAUUUGCAAAAUAUAAAACCAGAUAUAGAAUCGCACGGAGUUAUUAGUAAAGUACCUUUAUAUAUGGUGACAUCAUUUUUGUAUGCUAUUGAUUUGGAUUGUAUGCAGGAUACUAAAGAAAUUAGUGGUGAUGAUAAGGAACUAGUUUUAUCUACGGCAUACUUUGAACUUAUUACACAUAACUGGGAAUGGCCUGAACUGAAAAGUAUAGCUACUUUUGGUUUAGCUGUAGCAUUCUCAAAAUUACAUUAUUCACAACAUGUAUUUAAGGAUAAAAGGUUAUACAAAAUAGAUGAAACAUUAAUUCGCUGUGCUUUGGAUACUAAAGUGUUUAGAUUUUUAUACGAAAAUGUAGCUCCUUCAGAAUUCCUUCAUCAUGUUGAAUUCAUGAUGAAAAAAUUUCAUCAAUUAAUCACGGAAUUUAUUGUUAUGAUGUCAAAUACUGUCAAAGAAAUUAGAAAAAAAUCAGAUGAAAUAGCGCAUAAACAUUUCAUUGAUUACAAAGAAGGAUUAGACACACCAACAAGUGCCGAAAAUCAUUUUGAACAAUUAUUAAUGUUUAUGGCAAUAUUGUACGCAAAAGAUCCAUUGGGAUUGAAUUUAAAUUUGGAUUAUUGGCCACCAUCUCGGGAACAAUUAAAAACAAUCAAGGUGUCAUCAUUUUUAACGACUCAAAAAUUCCAAGCAUCUUUAUACAGAUUUAUUUGUCAAACUGGUGACAUGUUGCCUCAUAUGUUAUUUAUUCCAUAUUUAAAUAUGUUAAGCUCAUUAGCAACAUCUGAAACUGGUGCUGAAAAUGUGUUUAAUCACUUUCAUUCUAAUCUAACUAAUUCAAAUCUUACUUGGGAUCAUUUUUUCAAAACUUUUUUGAAGUAUUAUAUUAAUAUAAGACAAAUAAAAAUUCCUCUAUCUGAUGCUGUGUACAAAAGAGCGCAUCAGAAAGGUAUUACUACACUUGAAAUACAAGGACUUCAAGCUGUAUUAAAACUUAUCAGAAAUGUAGCAGAAAAAAGCAUCAAGUCAAAAGUAACUUUUGUGGAUCAUUCCGAAUGGGAGACUAUCCGGGUUUUAUUGGGCCUUGUAUCUUGUCCAGUAAUUAUUUCUCUCAAGGCAGAUUUAAUUUUGACAUUAUCUACAUUAGUUAAACCUCCACCAUUAAUAAAAGCUAAUUAUUUUUGGCAAGCUCUUGAAGCAUCUCAAAUAAUUGUAACUGUACCAACUAUAAGCAGCUAUCAAAGUUAUGGUAUCAUGGCAGAGUUAAAUGAUCUAGAACCUCGUAACGAAGAAUACCCACUGACAAUUGCUUUAUUGAAAUUAUUGUCUACUCUUACAGAACAGCCAGUACCAACCCUUUUGGGUUCAAAUACCCAAACACCUAGUUUCGAUCCAUAUUUAAAUUUGGUUCUAAGUAAUAUUUUUUUGAAAUGUCUUUCUAGAGGUUAUAAAAAACAAAAUGAAAAAUGGGAAGUAAGCGGGUUAUGUCUAGAACUUGCAUUAAAGUUUUUGAACCAAUAUGAACCCCAGAGGACAGACUUUAUGGGUAGUAGUGUUAUGCUACCAGAUAAUACUGCUAUUAAUAUCAAUCCACCACCUGGAUUUCAUAUCAUGACAUACUUGUGUACAAAUUCUGAUUUUUUAAGAACUAUUUUAAAAAUAAUGCAUACGGGUUGUCAAAUGUUUGAUCUUUAUACUUCAUUUAGUGGUAAAGAAGCUCUGGAAAAAACAACAUUAACUGUAUUACACCUUUUAGAACAGGCUUUAAAUUUGCAGCAAAUAUUUUUGAAUGAAUCUAUUUCUUCUGGUUCAUCACUUAAAUAUACUGGAUUACAUAAUACUCUUGUUAGUAUUAAUGUUUCAACAAAUGAACCAGAUUAUAUAAUUGAUUUGUCAAAGUUUGUAACUUAUAAACAUUUACCAGAGCAUGUGCAUCAUGCUAUUCAAAUAUUGAUGACUAUAACUUCUUAUCCGAUAUCACAGUCUCGUAUAGUAUCAUAUCUUACAUCUAAUCAUCAAUUUACGAUCAAUAUUAUUUAUGGAUUUGUGGAAUGUCUAGAAGAAGAUGAAUCAACAAAGGUAGUAUAUAAUUUAAUGUAUCUACUAUCAGAGGUGUGCUCAGGAAUAAUUAAUGGUUUUGGGGGAUGGGGAGGUUGA